GGUGCACUAUCCAAGUGAGAGAAAAUCUGCGACUAUCAAAGAGGAUGCCCACCAACAGAUCUGCAAAGCUAUAGCAAGAGGUGGAAAUGCAGACAGUACCAUAGUUGACAUUUUGCGUAAACACAACCCAAUGGUAUUAGUGCAAGGCUCCCAGAAGAUUGUGCAAGAAGAAUGUAAAGCAGUUUCAAAAAGAGGUUCAGGAACACUACUCCAACAGAAAACCCAUGCAGAUUUUUUCAACUUCCGAUGGGAGAAUAUCUACCAACAACUGCAGAUGAUGUGUCCAGCACUUUUAUCUAUAAUAACAGCUACUGUGUCUGACAUUCCACCUGUUGUUGGAAGCAAACCAUUUCUUCAUGCUUUGCAAACUGUAGGCAUAGCACUUCAUGGAAGAAGUCAGGAGAUGGCUGUUAUGCAGUACAUAAAUGGUUUUCUUUUAUAUCAUGGUGGAUGCACACAGCGGGACAUAGAAAGACUAUCUCAUGUUGGGUUAACAGUACAUCCACUCACUAUAAAGAGAAAGCUACUUGACUGGCAGGAUGUGUUGGACAAAGAAAUUUUAAAGAUUCGGGAUUCUUGGGCUGAAGGAGGAAGUGUCAAAUAUCAAAUAAUUGGAGACAAUUGGGACAAGAACAUACUUCCAUCAUAUAGAACAUCGGAUCGGAAAACUAUUUCUCUUCAUCUGUUUCAUGUGUACGCCAUCGUGGAUAGAGUUAUCCCAACUGAACGUGGCUGUCAUGCUUCCGCACCACAUGACAUUGAAGUUGGAACCUUCAUUCCAUCCAUAGACGACCAAAAGAACUUGAUGAAAGAGCUAACAUUUAUUUUCUCUACAUCAGUCAUCGAAAAUCAUCCUGAAUUGCAGAAAAUAUAUGGAAAGAUCUACCCAAAGCAUUUGGAACAUAAAUAUUCUCACUGUGUUGGAAAUAAAACAAAACAAUACCCACUUGGACUUUUUGAUUGCAACGAGAAUAAAACACCUGAGUUGAUUCGGCUCUUGAAAACGUUAUCUGUUUAUGUCCCAUGCAAGGAUGGAGAAGUAGUGGAAUCUGUCUUUUUUGGAGGUGACAGGUUAACAGAUGAACGAGUGCAAGCAGCUCAGAAAGCUAUGGCUAAUGCUGAAACACCGCUGCAAAAAUUACAAGGCUUUGUGUCCAAAAUUGAGGACUUCCACAGACUCAUGAAUUUCUUAGAGGCUAUACACAAACUGACAUAUUCAACCAAGAGUGCUGUGGACCAAGGCACAGUAAAUUACUAUCGGAACCUCCUGAACAUGAGAAAUGUGAAAGGGCAAGUGUAUAAUGCCUACAGAGCAUACAAGAUGCUGUACUAUGUGAUCCUGGAUGCCAUCUGUUUGCUACUUUUCCUGAAUUUCUUUGACGUUCCAGACAUUGAACAUGCAAUUGAACUGCCAAGAAACUUUGCAGCUAUGUCAGAUGAAGAAAAAAUAGAGUACAUUGACUCUGUUAGUGAAAACAUUCUGAGGAAGUAUUUUUUUGACAGUACAGAUGACAUUUUUCAGAAUUUACGUAACAUUGUGUGUGACCCACAACACCCAGAAAACUAUUGGACAUCAACACUAGAGGAAGGAAGAUUUAAAUGUCAUCAUUGUGACAAAACAUAUGCACGUGUUCUCUCUUUACAAACCCAUGAAGAGAAGGUUCAUGACAUUCACAUUGCAAAGCCAUCAAAAAAACCGAAGAAUAAAACUCAAGACCAAAUGCACAAUUACCUUGUCAUGCUGUUUAAGCUUGUUAUUUUGCACAAGAAUUUAGACACUGCUGUUGAUAUGGGUGACGGGACAGCAAGAUUGCUUGCUCUGGCCAUAAAACAAAAGAAAGCAUCCUUGCCCAUUCAAAGGAAUAUCCCCACUUAA